UCUCCCGCAGGACCCGGAGCUGCAGAGCAUGCUGAGAAGAUGGCGGACGUACUGGAUCUCCACGAAGCGGGGGGCGAAGAUUUCGCCAUGGACGAGGAUGGGGACGAAAGCAUCCAUAAGCUGAAAGAAAAAGCCAAGAAACGGAAAGGCCGCGGCUUUGGCUCGGAAGAGGGGUCCCGAGCACGGAUGCGAGAGGACUACGAUAGCGUGGAGCAAGACGGCGAUGAGCCCGGACCUCAGCGCUCUGUUGAAGGCUGGAUCCUCUUUGUCACCGGAGUCCACGAGGAAGCCACCGAGGAAGACAUCCAUGACAAGUUUGCAGAGUAUGGGGAAAUCAAGAAUAUUCACCUCAACUUGGACAGGCGGACAGGCUAUCUGAAGGGAUACACCCUGGUGGAGUAUGAGACCUACAAGGAAGCACAGGCUGCCAUGGAGGGGCUCAAUGGCCAGGACUUGAUGGGGCAGCCCAUCAGCGUGGACUGGUGCUUUGUUCGGGGCCCCCCAAAGGGCAAACGGAGAGGUGGCCGAAGACGCAGCAGGAGUCCAGAUCGGAGACGUCGCUGAAAGGCCUCUGGGGUCUCCCAAGCGUCCUGCCACGAAGGCCAUUUGAUCAUGCGGCCUUAGAGAAAUGGUCUGGGGUGCAAGUUGAUUUGUUUAUAUUUAAUCUCUUUUCCUAUUUGCUUAGUUUUUUUGGGGGGGGUUGUG